AUGACUUCGUCAGGAGGCUUGUCCGUGGUGCGUUUGGCUUGGGAAGCGUUCGUGUGGUUGACAACGGUGGUAUGGCCAUCAUCGGGAGACGACGUUCGUGACGACUCUAGCUACGGUGGUGAUGACGAUGACGAUUACAGUAUACCAGAAGAGAAUGCAAAGAAGUUGUCUCGUUCGAGCAACGGUGACGUUAGUAAGCAGCUGCGAGCGUCGGUGGCGACGACGACAUGCGCUGCUGUGAAUCGUAAGGGCGGACGUGGUGCACGAGACAGCACGAAGGCGAAAGAAAAGGUCAUUAUUGCGAAUGCUGUGGAAAGAGAAAAACCGAAUGGCCUGGCGAUAUCGAACGGCAAGACGGCAAACGGCACGACGUAUGAGCCUGUGAGAGACUCAAGUUUACCGAAAGAGAAUGGGCAUGAUUCCAAUAGUGUAGAAGGUCAUUCUAGUGUUUCUUCAUUGGAAACCGAAAGAUUGAAAGCUGAAGUGAUGCAGCUGAAGACGGCUGAAGCUGACGCCAGAAUACAACUUUCUGUUAGCCAGAAUAAUGAGAAACACGCAAGGCAAGAAGCGGUACAGCUGCGGUCGAGACUUGAACAGAUGGAAGCUAGGUAUGCCACAAUGGAAAAGUUGAGAGACGUGGAUCGCAAUUCUCUUUCACAGUUGGAAAAGAAGUAUGCGGAGCUGAUGAACAGAAAGAAUGAUGUCGAACGUGAGCUAAUGGAUGAGCGCAAGGCUCGCAAAGAGGAUGGCGGAAAACGUUUGGAUUCUGUUGAACAGCAACGUGAAAAGGAACGACAACUUGAGCACGAAGUGGACCGACUCCGCAGUGAGGCGCUAGCUCGAGAAGAAAGAGUUACUGAUAUUGAGAAAGAACUGCAUGCGCUUCGUAAAUACAAGGAGACCAACGAUGUUGAGGUAUGUUGA